CGUCUCCGUCGACCUCUCUCUCUCUCUCUCUCUCUCUCUCGCUCUCUCCGCCGAGGGGAUUAGGGUUAGGGUUAGGGUUAGGGUUUCGAUUUAGGGUUUUCGCGAGCUCCACGAGCUCCGUAGGAGAUCCGUGAGAAAUGGGGGACGACGCGAACCGAUCGGCGUUUAUUGAGCUACAGGGGCGUUUGAUUGAGGCAACUGGGAAGCUGAAGCAGGUGCAGAAUCAGAUGCGUGCUAAGGAAGGUGAAAAGAAGCGUGCUUACCUAACGUUGGAGGAACUUCGCCAGUUACCGGAUGAUACAAACACAUACAAGUCUAUUGGCAAAGUGUUUGUUUUGGAGCCGAAGUCGCUCCUAGUAAAUGAGCAGGAGCAAAAGCUUAAGGAUAGUGAGAGUGCCAUAUCGUCCUUGCAGACAUCCAAGGAGUACUUAGAGAAGCAGUUGGCGGAGGUGGAAAACAACAUACGCGAACUCCUGCAGCAAGAUCCGGGUCUCGCACGUCAGAUUAUGUCGAUGACGGUUAUGUAAUGUUCGGGGAUUUGGAGCCUUUUUUUAAGCCAAAUUUUCUUGUAACUCGCAGAUUUUAUGUAAGCAUCAGGAACACCUGUAUCAGAAUAUGUUCUAUCUACUUAAAUAUUUGAAGGUUUUGGAUAUUAGAUUGAGAGUACUUAGUGGGCUCUGAUGGUGGUUUUUUUUUUCAA